GACAUUGUAGGACCCAAAAUUCACUAUAAUACUUUUUCAUCGAGCUUUUCAUUGUAAUUGCACAUUGUAAUUUAAACUAAAGGAUAUAAAAUGGCUGCAUAUACUGUGUUGGUAAUACUUGCCUUAAUGAUAGUUGAAGUUUGUUGUUUGCCGUGUCUGUCAGACAAAUCUAAGAAGAUAUUUGAGAAAACAAAGAAGACAUUGGAUGGUCUGGAAAAGGAACUAGAGAAGAAAGAAUGGAAAACGUACAAAAAUCAUUGUUAUUAUCUUGGAGGAGAUCCUGAAACUUGGUUCACCGCAGAGAAAAAAUGUCGUCAAAUAGGUGGGUAUCUUGUCAAAAUUGACGACUCAUCAGAAAAUGUAUGGUUAAAAACACAGUUUAGUAAGGGAACCCACUACUGGAUUGGGCUGACCGAUCUUCAGGAGGGACACUUCAGGUGGUCGUAUGACCAAGAAAAGGCAAAAUUUACAGCAUGGCACAGCGGAGAACCAGGCAAUGCUGGUGGUAACGAAGAUUGUGCAGGGCAUCACUAUCACUUAGAUACUUGGUUUGACGCACCAUGUCAUAAAAACUACAACUGGAUAUGUGAAAGAAACUUCUGCAACUAAGUCGACGACUACAGGCGUUGGAGCUUGAUUAAAAUUGAUAUUAACACUUGAAUAAAAUGCAUUUAUUUUAUUAAUUGA